AUGCAGUGCAUUCGGCGCAGCCUCCCGGGGCUGCGACGCUGCUUCUCAUCCUCCAUUCCGCGUCACGAGGUGCGUGAUGUCGGCGCUUUAUCGCCGCGCCUGAUUCCCAGAUACCAAGGGCGAGCUUCUUUCUCUGCAGUGGCCCGCACCGCCCGGAACAUCUUGUUGGUCCGCAAGGAUUGCGCCCCAGCGGUAACUGACUCGCUUAUCGAAUUCGCCAAUCACGUUACCGCCGUUUACCCCGACGUCUCCAUCGUCCUCGAGUCCCAAACGGCAAAUGAAGUCCACUCGUCCUUCUCAUAUCCUGUCUAUACCGCAUCUCUUGACGACAACCCAACCGCCUUCCAUGAUAAAAUAGAUCUGACCGUGACCCUCGUCCUGUCAUUCAGCAUGGGUACUCUGGGCUUCUUGAGCGAAUGGAAGUUCUCAGAGUACAAACGGGCCUUUCGAGAGGUUUACAUGUCGGGCGCUGGUGCUGGAGAUCGUACCCCUCUCCUCGAGGAGCAACCUGGAUCCAAACUCGAAAGCGCGAUGGGCCCGACUGGCUGGUCAUCGGUUCGAGGAAAAUCCAUGGGUUCGACUCGUGGAGCCCCUAUCUUAAUGCGCCACCGACUGAAGGCGGGACUGUUCGCAGCAGAUGGACAAGAAGUGACUCCUGUUCGCGCUGUGAUAGACGUAUUUGUCGGCGGACGUUUUCUUACGGAGGCUGUGGUGGAUGGAAUCAUCAUCUCGACACCUACUGGCAGCACAGCCUACAGCUUGAGUAGCGGAGGCAGCAUUGUGCACCCACUGGUGCCUUCCACUCUCCUCACGCCGAUCUGUGCGCGCAGUCUGAGCUUCCGACCGCUCGUUCUACCAUCGAGCACCCCAGUUACUCUCCGGCUCAGUGAGAAAAACCGGGGCCGUGAACUCGAGGUCAGUCUAGAUGGAGUGAAUCUUGGCGAAGGGAUGGCGACUGGCAUGGAGGUCCGAGUGUGGAAUGAGGAGAUGCGCCAUGCUAAGAAUGAAUGGCAAGGCGGCGUACCCAGCGUCAUGCGGAGGAGCAUGGGCGAUGAGGCGCAUGAAGGUUGGGUGGGCGGACUGAACGGGCUGCUCAAGUUUAAUCAUCCGUUCGGAGAAUGA